UCGUGGGCAGGAGGCGGUUUCUCGUUUGUUGCGGCGUCUGUAUGUGUGUUUCGGGGGAUUAAGGGGCACGCGGGGGGCGAAACAGUACCGGCCAUGGCAGCAGCGGAGGAGGAGGACGGGGGCCCUGAAGGGCCAAACCGCGAGCGGGGCGGGGCGGGCGCGACCUUCGAAUGUAAUAUAUGUCUGGAGACUGCUCGGGAAGCUGUGGUCAGUGUGUGUGGCCACCUGUACUGUUGGCCCUGUCUCCAUCAGUGGCUGGAGGCACGGCCAGAGCGGCAGGAGUGCCCAGUGUGUAAAGCUGGGAUCAGCAGAGAAAAGGUUGUCCCCCUUUACGGGCGAGGGAGCCAGAAGCCCCGGGAUCCCAGAUUGAAAACCCCACCCCGCCCCCAGGGCCAGCGACCCGCUCCAGAGAGCAGAGGGGGAUUCCAGCCAUUUGGUGAUACUGGGGGCUUUCACUUCUCAUUUGGUGUUGGUGCUUUUCCCUUUGGCUUUUUCACCACCGUCUUCAAUACCCACGAGCCAUUCCGUCGGGGUACAGGUGUGGAUCUGGGACAGGGUCACCCGGCCUCCAGCUGGCAGGAUUCCCUCUUCCUGUUUCUCGCCAUCUUCUUCUUUUUCUGGCUGCUCAGUAUUUGAGCUGUGUCUCCUUCCUGCCCACCUCCAGCCAGAGGAAAAUCAGUAUUGGGGGUCCCCGCUGACCCUUCCUUACUCCCGGACCCUCCCCUGUAAGCCCUCCAUUUUUGUUGGCUAAGGCCAACCCUGGCCACUUUCCAGGAGCGUGUGGGGAGGAGGAGUGACACCUGUGCAUAGAAUGGGAGAAUCUUUGCUCUGAACUGUUCGCUCAGUAGCAUCGUAACUCCCAGCUCUGGGAGAGGAGGACGGACUGAAGACAAGGUCUGUCUCCCCUCUCUCCUGAUCCUUUGCUUUCCCCCACAUUUCUUGAUUUGAUGUUGAAAGGUGGGCAAGGCUCCCUCUGACUCUCCCCCAUAUUCCCCUUGUUGAUUUAAUUUAAUUUUUCUCUCCCCGGUGUCUAAUGUGGGUCCUGACUCUUAAGUGCUUCCUUUCCCUCACUACCUCCUUUAUUACAAAUUCAAUAAACAAGGUGAGAUGUAUUCACGGGAA